CUGGCUUGCUUGAUCAGGAUCAGGUAUUGGCCAGCCAAGACGCCGGUCAAGAAGAGUCCUUACUCUCCUGUGUAGUUAUUCACCUGGCUGUUAAGGCUGACAGGAUAUUGUGGUUGGCUCCAUCCCUGAGGCUACGUGGACGCCCUUCCUGGGAGCACAUACCCGGUGUCCUCUGGGGAGCAGUGGAGCCAACUUCAGGACUCACUGAUCAUGACUUCUGUAAAGGAGCAGGCAGCAAUUAGCCGGCUCUUGAGUUUUUUACAGGAUUGGGACAAUGCUGGCAAAGUCACAAGGAGUCACAUCCUCAACAAUUUCAUUGAAACCAACCAAGGCAAGACUGCCCCUGAGCUGGAACAGGAGUUUUCCCAGGGAGCCAGCUUGUUCCUGGUCCGCUUGACCACCUGGCUUAGACUCACCUACAUGACUGGCUCACGUUUAGAUAAGCUGCUCAGGUCCAUUGGCAUCUUCUUAUCAGCUGUAAGCAGUAAUCGAUAUCUUGUAGAAUUUCUUGAGGUUGGAGGGGCCCUAACACUCUUGGAAAUACUUGCACUGAAGAAGAUCGAGGAGGAGGACAAGAAGGAAUCCAUCAAGCUACUUCAGGUUAUCGCAAACUCUGGCAGGAAGUACAAGGAGCUCAUCUGUGAAAGCUAUGGUGUACGAUCCAUAGCAGAAUUUUUGGCAAAGUCUAAGUCAGAAGAGACCCAGGAAGAAGUGCAGAUUCUGUUGGAUUCUUUGAUCCACAGUAAUCCCAAGUACCAGAAUCAAGUGUACAAAGGUCUAAUAGCUUUGCUGCCCUGUGCGUCCCCGAAAGCUCAGCAGCUGUCCCUGCAGACUCUCAGGACUGCCCAGUCGAUCAUCGGGACAACACACCCCGGCAUUGUGGACGGCGUGCUGAAGGUGCUGCGCACUAUGCACCUGGAGGUCCAGUAUGAAGCCAUCGAGCUGAUCAAGGACCUGGUCAACUACGACGUGUGCCCGGCGCUGCUCAAGGGCCUCGUGGCGCUGCUGAGACCGUCCUUCGAGGAGACCAGCAAACAGCAGUCCCAGAUCGUCAGCGACUCUUCGGUUCUGCAGCUCACCGCCCACCUGCCGUUGUUCUUGCAGCAGGCCGCGGCCGCCAAGGCCAUCGGGAUCCUGGCGCGAGGCAACACGAGCCUAGCCGAGGAGAUGCUGCACCUGCGCGUGGUGCACAGCCUCAUGGCCGCCAUGGGCAACAUGGACCACAGCAACAGCCAGCGGCAGGCCAGCCUCACGCUAGAGUACUUUGUGCAGUUAUUCCCAGUGGUGGAGGAGCACGUGCGCAGGUCCAUGGGGGAGGAACUCUACAAGCUCUUCCGUAGCAACGCCGAGGACUUGUACGUGAAAAUAGAUAGCAUUCAGGCGGACAUCUUGGCGGCCAACAAAGUCAAUGUCACCAAAGAGCUGGAUCUCAGUGGCCUCUCCGACAGCACCAUGAGCUUUUACUUUGGCCAUUGUAAUCAGGGUCAGGUGGCCUACAUCACACACUUCCAGAAGGAGGCUGUGGAAGAAAAGGAGUGACAGAGCCUCCAAGGCCAGCCAGGAAGCCAAGGCUGUGUGGCAGGGAAGCCUGGCAGAAGGAAGGAGCCAGGGCCAAGCCCCGGUUGACUCCUCUUGGCCCUUGGUGGGAGGCUGGGGUUCUGCCCGCCAGAAGGGGAAAAGGAGAGCUGGCUGGGAAGGGUUCAAUAAACAAACAGUCUUGCUAUCUA